AUAAAGAGUUCUUGACUUGGAGAUUUUUAAGUUUAGCUAUCAAUGGAAAGAAAUAAAGACUCCAGUUUUGUUACAGCUAUUAAUAUGCAGAACUUCCUCAUUCAAGUUCAAGAAGAUAGACGUCAAUCUACAAACCCUAUCGAGGUUCAAGAAUCAAGCAUUCAGAUCGAGACUGCAAAGGUGGCGGCGCAAUUUGUUCAGAGGCUUUUCCGAGUCCUUUUCUUCGUACACAUAAUCCUAACCACCAUCCUAGUAAUCUUCCUCACCAUCCGUGGCCUGCUCUCUGUACACAGCCACCAUUUCCACCCCAAGAAGUGGUAUCCCCCACUCCUGACUGCAAUAGCAUGCUCUGGAAUUGUAGCUUUCACUUGGCAACAAAUCACCCUCUGCUACCCUUCAAAGGCCAUAAGAGCAGCAUUUUGGCUUAGCCCCUUGCUAACAUGUGCAGUUGGGAUACUGCUGGUGCUAAUUGGCUCUGCUGCAAGUCUGGCACUAGGUACAAUUGCGGUUGUUUUUGCCCUCAUUCAAUCCCUUUAUGCUUGUUGGGUGAAUCCCAGAUUCAAUUAUGCCAUCAAGGUUCUAUCAGUUUCUACAACUUUCCCGCCUGCCAAAACUACUGCACUGGUCCUCAACUCGAUUGUCACAAGCAUCAUCUAUUCCAGCUUCUUGGUGUCUGGGAUAGGCGGUGCCACCAUUACUGGAACUGGAAUAGAUAUCUUGUUCAUUUUGAUGAUCCUGCUGAGCCUGACAUGGACUCUGCAAGUGAUGAAAAACACAUUGCAGGUUACAGUUGCACGCAUUAAGUACUUACACUUUGCUUGUGGGGCAGAUAUGGACACAAGAGUUGCUUUAAGAGACACAUUCAAACACCUGAUGGGGAGUGUUUUCAUAGGCUCCACCCUUGUCCCGAUUCUUACUGUAAUCCGGGGCUCUGCACGUGCAAUUAAUCUGGUUGCAGGGGGUACAGAUGAGUUUUUGUUCUCCUGUGCUGACUGCUAUUCUGCUAUAGCUUCAACACUAGUGACCUACGGGAAUAGGUGGGGUUUUGUGCAGGUAGGGGUUUACAAUAAGGGAUUUGUGCAGGCAUCCAUGGAUACAUGGGAGACGUUCAGGAGAGUAGGGAUGGAAUCACUAAUUGAUUCAGACCUCACAGGGUCAUUCUGUUUCUUUUCUGGGAUAGCAGGAGGUGCAGUAUGCACCCUGGUGGGAGGAACAUGGACACUUGUAGUUCAUGAGAGUUAUGCAACUGAAGUUUCAAUUUAUGCCUUCUUGAUAGGCUAUCUAAUGUGUCGGAUAGCAAUGGCGUGGCCACAAGCAUGCGUUUCAGCUUACUACGUUGCUUAUGCAGAGAAUCCACAAGGCCUAAGGUUCGACCCGUCCAUUCCAGUUCGCAUUCAAGAGCUUCAGAGACAUGGAGGUUAACAAUCCUGGAAGCCAACUUUGAUAUGGUUUACUGAUAUGGACUUACGGUUACAUCGAGUCCAAAAACUUGCACUGGAUAUACCACUAAAGAUGAUUCAAUUGAUACUUAGAAACAUGUGAAUUUCUCAAAGUUCCACUUUUUGGUUUAAGAAUGACUUAAACUUAUGCUGUAAAUCAGUCUUCUUUUAGAUUGAAUCUCAUCUCUAAUUUUUUCUGUUUUA